AUGCGGCAGAUCGGGGUCCGCCUUGAGAUAAUCUUGCCGAUCUAUUCAUCUCUUCGUGCAAGGACUGGCAGUACAACUUUCCAGCAAGCCUCAAAGAUGUCUGAUAAUCGCCCUUCAACCCCUCCACCGGCCAAGGCCGCUGGAAGUGGACAAAUCCCCCGAGGCCCAAUCACCCCAGAGCAACAGCGGAGGAUGGAGCUCAGCCGGAUGAAAGCCAAGGCUCUGCGUGAACAACAUGAGGCUAAACUCGCUCAAGCCGCCACAUCCCAACCGCCAACAGGCGCCAAGCGCUCAUUUGCCUCGAUGGCAUCCAACCAGCCUGCCAAUAUGCGCGAUGCUUCAGCAAAUAAUAGGCCGCUAGACACAAUCCAGCCGGCGCGCAACUUUACCAAAUUCGUUGAUUAUGACUUCAGCAAGAUGACCGAUACGAAGGGUGGAUUCUUAACGCAAGAAGAUGACCCUUUCAACAAGCAACUCCAUGUGACGGAUGAAAAAGAAGCGCAGAAGCCUGCAAACAUGACACAAAAAGAAUGGGAGCGACAUCAAAUACUACAGAAACUCAAACGGAACCGAGAAGGGCCCUACGAGCCUGGUCUUAGUGUCUUGGACGACAAAAGCAAGCAGAAGAAAUGUCGCGAGUGCAGUAGUCUUGAAAUUGACUGGAAGUGGGACGAAGAGUUGAAGUGUAGCAUUUGCCAUGCUUGCAAGGAGAAAUUCCCUGAGAAAUACAGUCUACUGACCAAGACAGAAGCUAAGGAGGAUUAUCUUCUCACAGAUCCCGAGCUCCGGGAUGAAGAUCUACUCCCACGCCUGGAGCGCCCCAACCCACAUAAGUCUACAUGGAACAGCAUGAUGCUGUAUCUCCGAUACCAAAUAGAGGAAUAUGCAUUCUCAGACAAGAAAUGGGGCUCCACAGAAGCGCUGGACGCGGAAUUCGAAAAGCGAGAGGCUGACAAAAAGCGGCGGCGAGAGGAAAAGUUCAAGACCAAAUUGCAGGACUUGAAGAAGCGCACACGCGUCGAGGCCUACCGACGUAAUCGACAAGGUGGCUCUGGCGGAGACUUUGGUGACGAUUUGGCAUCUCGUCGGAAGCAUAUUCAUGAAUGGGGUCGUUCUGUUGAUAAUCCAGAGACCGGCAUCCCUGUCAAGACCUGCGUCACAUGUGGGAUGGAGGUGGAGGAACUGGAAUUCUAA